AUCAAUUAUGUUACAUAAAAGAUUUUAAAAAUGCGAAACUCGGCGACACUUAGAUGUAACUGGUGUUUCGUAAUCAUAUUAUAAUAGUAUAACGUAGCGUACAUAUAUUUAAAAUAUCAAAUAUUUAUUAAAUACCUUGCUUACGUUCUGCUGCUUAUACUAUAAGUCAUCCUCGCAUGUAAAAUUUUGUAAUUGAAUAUCUAGACAAUAAAAAACAAUAUCCAUGUUGUUGUAAACAAACAUCGCUGAUUGUUUAGCUACUUAUGUGUUAUCAUUGUUCACGUAUACAACAUCGCACGAUUAUAUCGUCACCAGUUAUUGUGAUUCUUCGGUUGUGCCCUGUAGUCGGUUCGAGUCGGUCGAGCCAUAUAAAUUGCGUAAACUGGUCGAAGAAAAUAUAAUGUGACUUGAAUCUUUUCUUGAAAAGUAUUCUUGAAUUUCGCGUUAUUCUUGAAGACAAUGCGGGGCACUAAAUUAGGUGUUUUUACUUUAACUGUAUUUUGUUUAUUUGCAAGAAAGUCUUUGGGAUUAUCGCCAGUUAUUUUAAUACCUGGAGACGGGGGAAGUCAACUGGAAGCUGUAUUAAAUAAAUCUGAGGUUGUACAUUAUAUAUGUGCAAAAACAUCCAAUGAAUACUUUAAUAUUUGGCUAAAUUUAGAACUUUUGGUGCCAUUUGUGAUUGAUUGUUGGGUGGAUAAUACUAGAUUAGAUUAUGAUAAUGUAACAAGGACCACAAAAAAUCCUCCUGGUGUAGACAUAAGGGUGCCAGGAUGGGGAAACCCUGAGCCUGUGGAAUGGUUAGACCCGUCUCAUGACUCUGCUGGUGCUUAUUUUAAUAGCAUAGGUGAUGCUCUUGUCAAAAUAGGAUAUGUGAGAAACCAAACACUUCGUGGUGCACCUUAUGAUUUUAGGAGGGCACCAAAUGAGAAUGGGGAAUUUUUUGUAAAAUUAAAAUCACUUGUUGAAGAAACAUAUAAUAUGAAUAAUAAGUCGCAAGUGACUCUGCUUGUACAUAGCAUGGGUGGGUCAAUGGCUCUACAUUUCCUGAGACUGCAGUCACAGGCAUGGAAGGAUCAGUAUAUAAGAAGAUUGCUGUCUUUAUCCACUCCCUGGGGUGGAGCUAUGAAAGCAUUGAAAGUGUUUGCUAUUGGGGACGACCUCGGUUCUCUCAUGCUGCGCGAAAGUACAAUGCGUACGGAGCAGAUCACCUGUCCCUCACUUGCGUGGCUGCUUCCCUCACCCAACUUCUGGAAGCCUACUGAAGUCCUAGUACAGACUGAUAAGUUCAACUAUACCAUCAACGAUUUACAAAAGCUGUUCACUGACAUGGACGUUCCAAACGCGUGGGAGAUGCGCAAAGACACGCAACAAUUCACUCAAGACUUCUCAGCGCCAGGAGUCGAAGUACACUGCGUCUAUGGGUACAACAUCUCUACAGUCGAAAAACUCGUAUACAAGCCGGGCACGUGGCUGGAUGGCUACCCAACUCUGAUAAUGGGAGACGGUGACGGCACCGUCAAUCUACGAUCCCUUAGCGCUUGCGAGCACUGGGCCAAGCGGCGAGGCUUAACAACGCUCAAUAAAAACAAGCCAAUUAAAUCCGUGCCUUUAAAGCAAGCAGAGCAUCUGAAGAUACUCCACGAUCCACGAGUACUGGACUAUAUUACUACGGUAAUGAAAAAUGAUUAAAAUCUAUCGGGUAAAGUAUUUAGGGUAAACUGGUGCAUAGUGAAUUUAGCGUAUUGAAAUCGAGUUUAGUCCUCAGUUUAUAAGUGAAUUAGAAGAUUUUAUUAGAAUAUUGUAUUUAGUUGUAAGAUUUAAAAAUUGCAUAUACUACUGUCGGUACUAAAAGUAUCGAUAUUUUCAAGCGCAUUGUUAACGCUAAAUUAAUUAAUAUUUUGUAUGUUUGUUCUUAAAUAAUAAUUAAUAUAGAAACUGUCAAUACUCAUUUCGUAGUUACCAUAAAGUUGCCGAUUCAUUGUCGUGCAAUUUUUUUCCUUGGAUGUUAGUUUAAAAAAACGUAAAAGUUAUUUUAAUACCAUUUUUGUCCAAAAUGGUAAUAUUUCAUAAUAUUGACGUAAUUUUUUUCAUUUUAAUUAUUUUGUUUCAUUAUAAAUGUAUAUUAAAAAUAUACUUACGUAGAAUAGAAAAACAAUUUCAGUGUAUGGUGAAACUUUCAAAUAAUUUUAAGAAUGUUCACAAAACACCGUUAAAUAAGCUCUCUUAAAAAUACUCUCUAACGAAUAAUAUUAAAUGAAUCUCAACUACGUGUAAUAUUAAUCUAAGCUCUUCCGGCUGUGAUAAAUGCUCAUUGUCCUAGUAUUGAGCACUGUUUUCUGACGGGCCCUAGACGUUUUGCAACCUAAAAAUGUACUUACAAAAUUUGUCACUUUUGAGGUCCUUUCAAGUGUUUUUUUUUUGUUUCUGCUACUUAUAAAACUAUUAGUAAACAUAUCGUAAACCUUAAUUACGUGACCGUAAAGCAUUAUCUGUAAUUUUACAUCGCAAUGACAAAAUCAAAAAAUCCUUUUACGGGCCUCAAAAUUUCAUAACAUCGCCUGCGUCCAAUAUCUGUAUGAAAAUGUGUUUCAUACUAAUAUUUACGUCAGUUAAAAUCAUCGUGUUAACGGAACUCAAAUAAAAAAAUAAACAAA